CAUGCUGGCAUGGCAGGACGGCGGGGCCAAGGCGGCUCCCUCCCACCACAAGAUCUCCUUCUCUGUCCUGGACAUCCUGGAUCCGCAGAAAUUCACCCGCGCUGCGCUCCCGGCCGUGCGCCCUGCUCCCCGGGAAGCCAAGAAAAGUUUGGCAGAGGCCGAAGCGGGGAAGGACGCCAGCCCAGGGGACUCAACUCGGCAGCGGGAGACCUCUGAUGCUGAGGAUCGCGGCGCGGGAGCGUCGUCCCCCUUGGAGGGCUCGGAGGCCGAGGAGGCGGAGGAGGAGGAGGAGGAGGAGGAAGCCGAGGACGCGGGCCAGCGGCGGCCGCUGGAGCGCGCUGCGCGCCUGCAAGCGGACCCGCGUAACCGCUAUCCUGACAUCUAA